AUGUUGGCAGAUAAGGUAAUUCGUGCCAUUAGCGUUGUGUUGUGUAAAUGCAAAGAGCAGGCUGAUGGCUGUUCUCUCUCUCGCUUAGGAGUGUAUGAAGUAGUUGGAGCUUCGAUGAAUCUGACACCGAUCCUGCACAAUUGGGGUUUGAUUUUGGUUCUUUGCGUGUCGCGAAUCGCAAUGAAUUCUUCACCAACCUGCCAAAGACCGGAAGAUGGUCACCCACCAAACCACAACCGGUCCUUCUUCUUUCAACCAAUGCCUUCACCACACAUGUUUGUGCCUCCUAUGUCUCCUUUCGUGCAACCUCCCGCCUUCCACCCAUACUUCUAUCCCACAGUGGAAUUUGGUGGUAGCUUGUAUUAUCCGGUGUGUCAAAUGCCAUUCCCAAGAAGCUAUGGCCCACAAUCACCAAUGCCUCCCACAAACUUCAGAAGGCCCUAUUUUAAUUCAUUUGUCGCUCGCCCAACAUUUUAUCACUCUACCCGAUUCAGACAUUAUCCCUUUAGAAGGAAUAUGACUAGUUCAGAAGUGCAAACUGAUACGAGUGAAACCAAUCCAGCCCAACCGAAAAGGGCAGAUGUGAUCACUGAAACUAUGGCAAGUAGCAGACAGGCGGCUGAAGUAAGGCACCAGAAGACCCCUGAUACUGAAUCAACUUCUGGCAGUGCAGAUAUCCUCCAGGCAAGAGUAGUGCACAAAAGAAUACAGGGCGAGUCAAAUGAGACAGAAGAAACUAGUGCUGCUGUGGCAACCAAGAAUGCCAAGGCAGGUGGUUAUGCUUUACAAAAAGAAAAAAUAAGAAUAGAAUGCAAUGAAGGAGCACCUUCUAUAAAUGUAUGGAGGUCAUUUGAAACCACUGUACCCAUAUAUAAUACUCCUAAUAAAAAGGUAGAAGAAGGUGUUCAAUGUAAAGUUUGGUCUGUAAGUGCCUGUGAGAGUGGGGUGCCUAUUUAUGGUUCAUUUGAAGCUGACAAAAUAGUUCGGAAAACAGAAGUUCCAGAAAAGUGUACACUUCCAGCCCUAUCACAGGGGGAAAUGUUGCUGGAUUCAAACAAAUCUCCAGAAGCAGGAUUUGAAUCUAGCACAAAAGAUGAAGUUUCAUGCUACCCAGGCAUGCAUGAUAAAGUGGACAGUUUGCAAUGCAAAACCAAUAAAAGCUGCAAAUUUCCAACAAAUGAAUUUGUACAUGAGGCGUUGGAAAAAGCUCCAUUGCAAAGGAACUCAAGUGGCCGUUUCAAACGAGAUGGAAAAGUGAAGAAUGCAACCAAUAAAGACAAUGGAAAGAUUAUUUCAGCAGAGCCAUUAAAUGAAGAAAAAAUAUGUGAGGUAUUGAAAAGUGAUGCUUCCCUUGAGUCAGCUGAAGAAUACAUACCUUCUGCAAGUGUGCUGGCAUGGCUACAAGACCAAGCACAAAGUAAUUGCUGGAAAGAUGGUCCUCAAAUGUUGCAGCACCAUCCAAGAGUUCUUGAUGUAUCUUUUGAAGAAAUCUCCUCAAAGGAUGAGGAAUCAUCCUUUUCCGAUGCCAUGCAUGGAAGACACCAACUGUCAUACUCUCACCUGAUGCGUAAUGCCCAUUCAUCUUUCUACCCUGCAAUCUCUACCUGCAAUGAUCAAAUUGGCAACAAAACCGUAGGAAAUCAACAUCUUUCUGAGAGAGAGCAAUUUUGUAGUUGUUGUAAAAUAGAACUUGUAAAAGGAAAAGGCAUAAAACAUGUCUGCAGAAAUAACUCUGCCACUUGGAAUACCAGCAGCAAAGCCCUUUCUGAAAUGGAGGAUUUGAGAAAAGGCCAAAUAUUUCAUGAGAUGUCAGCAUCUCGUGGACGGCGAAGAUGUCGUAGAAUUUCCAGAGAAUCAUCCAGAUCGAAUGGAAAUAAAAAAACCCGAUACUCUUCAGAUUCCAUUGAGGUUUCAGAGGAGCAAGAUUAUGAUUCCAGGGCAGAAAAUCCAGGAAAGGCAAAGGUUGGUGGAUUUUCCAAUACGAAAAUAAGUCGUAGAUCACCUAAAAUCUCUCCACUUCAGUUCUCUAAUCGGUUGCAACAAGAAAAAGCGAGAGCAAAGAAAAGACAAGACAUGAUCAAGUAUAUUAUUAACCAACGAGAACAAACUAAGUUGGGGACUGAGCACCAGGAACGUCGGAAAUCUGGGCAAAUCUCAAAAUUGGAAUGGAAACAGAAAGGGGGGAGAAGGCACAAAUAUACACGGAAAACAAUGAGCGUACAAAAUGCAAGUGAAGAUUCUGUUGAUGAAUACUGGAAUAAAGUUGGUGCAAGGCCCAAGUCGGCUACUCAGUCAUUUGAUGAUGCAGACUCUGAGAAACUGGAACAAAUCAAGCCCAGUUGCAAAUCAGUCCCUCGGAAGAGAGCAACUCAGAAGCUUAAUGAAAUGGAUUUCUGGAAUUUAUCAGAUUUGCAUGCAUUUCAAGGAAAUGCACUGAGGAGAGGAAGGGCUAAAUGUGCCAAAAAGCCUGCACCUUUAUACCAUGUCAAAAAAGAGCACUUGGAUGCAAUUAAAAAAUGCACAAGUCAUUUUAAGUGCCUUCACAAUGUAGAGUGAUUUAAACACUGGUUAAAAAUAAAUUGGUGCAAAAGCA